AGCGCCUAGAGCCACGGAGCCGCUCUUCCAGGUGCUGGACAUUAUGUAGAAUCGUUCCACAAUAAUUCUACGAGUGAUUGUUCCAAUCUCGAUCGCUGUGUCAUGUUUUUCUGUCGACGAUGAGCUGAAUGCACUGCAGGAUGGGAUGGGGACGUAUGCGGCUCUACAUGGUGCGAAUCUCACAUCCUAUGACGUGUUGACGUCGGAUGGUUGGUUGCUCGGGGUCCAUCGGGUGCAGAACAUGGAGAUUUUCGACCCGAAGCUCUCGACGCCGGUCCUGCUCUGCCACGGCUUCGCAGCCGCCUCCUUCGACUAUUUAAGUAAUCGUCGAAACGAGAGCCUCGGCUUUUUGCUGGCGGAUCAGGGCUACGACGUGUGGAUGAUCAACUUUCGAGCGAAUCGCUUCAGCAAUCGGAAAAUGACAUCUGACCGUACGAUUACUCCGCCAACCCCGGAAGAUUAUCUCCGAGUAUCGUUUCAAUACAUGGCUGAGAGGGAUAUUCCGGCCGUGGUUGAUAAAAUUCUCGAAGAAACUGAGCAAGAUGCGAUCUACGCUGUCGGAUAUUCUAUGGGCGGCACCUCGAUGUUCGCUAUGCUAUCGGAAAAUCACAAAUACGAUGACAAGAUCCUACAUUUCGUCGCGCUCGCCCCAGUGUUGAGAACGGGUCCUGAUGCUUCUUUCAAGACGCGAACUCUGUUCAGCAUCGCUCCCGCAAUAACUUUCUUGAUGUCCGCGAAGAGCGUCUUCACGACAUUCUUCGGGCGGCAAAUACUCUCGACGGCUUCGCUCUCGGAUUUUGACUCGACAUCCUCCACUGAAUGUCAAAUGUUCCCGCUGCUCUGCCAAGCCUUCCUCAACAUGGUCAUAAUCACGCAGCCUGGUCUAGGAUAUAGUCACCUUGCUUCGUUGAGGAAUGGUAUCCGGAGCUCAAUGAUCCCUAGCGGCUUUACUCUGAUGACUGCGUACCACUUCACUCAAGGAUAUUCUCGGGGGAAUUUGGCGAAGCUUGACUUCAGAUCAAUUCCUCAGAGCGGAAUCCGAAACAUCGACGAGUACGGGAGCGAUGAGCCUCCAGUGUACGAUAUCGGCGGCGUGCGAGUAAACUACAGCGUGAUUUUCACCACCAACGACAUGAUCUCGGGGGUUCAAACGGCGAAGAAAGUAAUUGACUAUCUCAACAUCGAGCCGGAAAAUUAUAAGCUCGUAAACGAUUUCACCCAUCUCGAUGUGAUCUGGGGCUGGGACAGCCGGUGCUGGAUAUUCGAUGACAUCGUCGAAAGAUUUAAUAACAUAGAAAUGACCCGCGGUCAAGAGAGGAUCGAGUACCGCGGAAGAGCGGUCGCAUAUGUAGAAAGUUUGAAUCUGGAGAAUAACUGUGAUCAGAUCGUCGCUAGCGGCGAAUCGUGA